AUGGUGAAUACACGAAGGCCCCGAGAUACUAUCAAUAACGAUUGUGGGAGAAGGGAAGAAGAUAAUCUUGAAAGCCAAGGUGACCGUAGAAGUCAUCUGGGGGGGAACAGACGAUAUGUCAGGGAAUCAAGUACUGGAGAAGAUCGGUUUGGGAGAAUAGAAAGAUUUUUGGAAAACAUGUUGACUUACGUGAGUAGGGAAGAACCUACUCGGCACACAACCACGGCACUGGAACGGUACCGACAUUUGAGACCCCCUGUGUUCAAGGGUAGGAUUGGCGAUGAUCCUAGCUCAGCUGAGUAUUGGCUUGAGCAGACUGAGAAAUUACUUCAACACCUCCAAUGCAGGGAGGAGGAGAAAGUAAGGUGCGCAACCUACACGCUGGAGGAAGAAGCAGGUCGGUGGUGGCAAUCUAUCGAACGUUCCAUAAUGAGGUCUCAACAACAACGCGAGGAAGAUGGGAGGGAUGUGCCAAUGUAUACUUGGGCAGGAUUCAAGGAUGAUAUUAACGUCAAGUACUUCCCCAAGAGCUGGAAGGAAGAAAGGAUCUGGGAGUUUAUGAGACUCAAGCAGACCGAUGAAAUGUCUGUGAACCAAUACGACAACUGGUUUACUCAGCUAAUUAAAUACGUGCCCUUGUACGAAACUUAUGAGAGUCAGAAGGCACAGAAGUUUGUUUCAAGGUUGCGAGUAAGUCUUCAACAAGUUUUAAGCGGGUGGGACAUUGAUACCUACAAGGAAGCAUUGCACCGAGCCCUAACCAUUGAGAAGAACUUAACGCGGGUGAAAAUAAUCAAGACUGAAGAAGGGAGCAAGGGCAGUAAAUCGGGAAAUUUAAUGGCCCAACCUAAGGAAGAAGGGAAAUGCCCUCGAUGUAAAAAGAAGCACCCUGAGAAGAGAUGCGUUAUAAAAUGCUACGGAUGCGGUGAAGAAGGCCACAUUGGAAGAAAUUGCCCAAAGAUCAAAGGAACGCCCCAAGUAGGGUAUCAGGGAAAAGUGGUGUGCUAUAAUUGCGGGCAGCCGGGGCAUAUCUCGCGAGAGUGUCCAAAGAGACAAAAGAUGGAGUUGCCAAGUGGAAGAGCAUAG